AUGUGGUGGUUCCGUAUCAAAAGAAUUUUCUCAUUCUAUGCAAAUUUCCAGAAUAUCACAUAUCCGCUGAAGCAGCAGCAGCCACUUGCUGGUAAUGUGGCGGCUCCUCCAGUGGAGUCAUGGAAUAAAACAGAGUCAAUGAAGCAGAACACAGCACCAGCGGGUGACUUAAGGCAAGUCAUCAUGCCACCUGAACGUAAGGAGGUCGAUAUCGAAGAGCACCAUCAGAUUGAAGAGCCAAAACCUAUCGGUAUGUUCUAUUGUUUAGAUUUGUUCAUUUCAUCGAUAUCAUUGAAUAUCAUCACAUAA